GUGACGGACAUGGCCAUCCCGGUGACAGUCGUCCCUACUCCGGAUGUAGACGUGGACAGCUCCAAGAAGAAGGUGGAGGAAGGCAUCACGCCGCCAAGGUCAAGUGCUGCCAGCAGCAUUGGCGACCGCCCCAGCUAUCAACUCCGUCCCUCCGCGACAUCACAACUUAGUUCCUCGCUGAUGUCUCAGUUCAGCGGGUCAAAUGCUGUGGAGACAGCUACGUUCAUGGCUCGCAGGUCCAUGCUAUCAGCAGGAGUGCGGCCGUCGGUGGUGUCAGAGGCAGCGAUGUCUGCGAUGUUCUUCGACAAUGACGCUGAGGAAGAAGCCCAGACAGCAGCUCUACCACGUGACCUAUACCUCCCAUGUGCUCUCAUCAGCUUGGCAGCCUUCAACCACAACAUCUCCUACCAGACUGAGUGGUCGCUCUAUGGGAUCUUCUUUCGCCAGAAGCACAACUGGACCUCCGCCACAUGGGGCGGCGUUGCCCAAACCGCCGGCGACAUUCUGGGAGCCAUCAUGAUCUUGUUGCUGCUCUGCCUGCUUUCCGGGGCAUGUUGUGCUGGAGCACUCCGGCCCCCGCCAAGGUAUUACUCCCUGACCUGCAAGCCCUACUGGUACGCGAUUCUCACCAUCCUGUGGGCCGUGUGCAACUUUGGCAUGGCGCUUCCACAUGUGGCCCUGGCCGUGGCAUCGCAAGUCGUGAUGGGCACCGUGUUCAUCUACUCAAAUCAAGCGGCCACAGACAUGGCCCUCUUCUUCUCACUUGGUGAUGGCAACGUCUUCAUGACGCUCCAGACGUUGAAGCAGCAGGGCGAAUCCAUUGGCAGCGCGGUUGCUUGCUUCGCCUCCCUCAUGCUCUAUGAGUCCGUCCAUCCAAAUGCCCCCUUCUACCUGACGGGUGGCCUCUCUGUGGCCAUCGCGCUGCUUUACACAAUCAUGUUUUGGAUUAGGGACGGCUUCGGCAGGAGUUUGGAGGAGGCAGAGGAAGCGCGAGCCAGACGCAAGGGCUUGGUGCGGGCAAAAACAUGGGUAGACCCGCUUCCGUCCCUCAGCGAAUGUGCCGAGGAAGAGGAGGAGGAUGCGGAGUAA